AUGCACCAGUCCUUCACAGGUAGUGGCCGAAAACCUCGCCAGGUCAACCUCUCCGGUCGUACCCACACAAAUCCAUGGGCAUCCCUCCCUAAACCUGGGCAUUCCACUGCUCCUGCCGCAAGCAAUACAGUUGCCCAAGCUCAGGCAGAGCGGGCGAAGAGACAGCAAGAGAGAGAAAGAUACAAUGCCACAAAGACUCUACAGAGGCUAUGGCGCGGUCACGCGAGUCGACGAAAACAGAAAUCGCAAUGGAGACAAGAGUGGGAUAAGAACGAACAACAGAGACUGGGCGAGUCAAGUCGAGUGGACUACCAAAGUCUUGUGAACGCAGGCGCGACAAUCCCGGCCUAUGAUAACUCGCUACAGAUCCUCCUCCAGUUGCGGCUGCUGCUCAGAUUCCAAGAGUUCAGACGGGGCAGGCCAAGGGAUGACAUGGAUCUACUGAGACUGCUCUACUUCGGCGAGGCCCUUGAUCACACCUUGGGCUCGUUACGAGUCGAGUUGAAUGACAGCUGGAGGUCCAACCUCUCUCGACUGGGACUGGUUGAGGUUUGCCACCUCAAGAGUAUCAUCAGCGACCACACACAGCAUGACAGAAUAUCCUACGGACCGAGGUUACUAAGAAUGAUCGCCAUGUUGGCUGAGUAUAUUCCAGAUGAAAUAGCCAGGGAUUCGAUCAUCUACUUUGAAGUGAUUGACUUAGCAUUACGCAGACAAGAGGAGGAGAGGUGGCGACGAUGCUCGGUUGAUGCAGUAGCUGCUCUUCUGAAAUCUUCUUCCACUCAAAAACGAAUGGCAUACGCUGCUUUCGCAGCCAAAUUCCUGACUAAAGAUUCAUUUUCAGGAAGCAACGACACUCUGAAAGAGCUUUCCUUUUCCCUAAGUCUGCGAGAGUUGACUCAGGCGAUUACGGAGGAGCUUGAGAACAUGGACAGGACUGGGAAACAUACAUUGACUCCUACCCAGUUAUUGUGGCAACUAGCUCAUCUCAUAUGUAUUCACGACAUUCUACAUGAAGGUUACGCUGGUCAGAGUACGUAUCUCGAAGCAGUCUCGGCCCUCUUGGGGGAGUGCGCAAACGAGGUUGCCGAGAGGAUCGAAUUGACCGAUCAGCCCAUGCUCAACAGUGGUAACAGGAGUGCUCCCGAACCCUUGCCGGCUUUUGUGAAGGACAUGAUCACAAAACUCCCGGAGCAAGAUAACCUCCGUGCCAUUCUGAAAGAAAUGGGGUCAUCAACAGCCUCAACAACAACUACGGCUGGUGCAGACUUUCAAUCUGCGAAGCGACUGGCGAAUUUUGCGGUUGCUUUGCUGAGGGCUUUCCCCACCAGGGCGCAGGACAUUCGAAUGUCUUUAUAUCAAAGCUCUGUCAGUUCAGUCGAGAACGCAGAUGUGUCCACUAUCCAAUAUUUCUGGAAUGUGGCACGCACGACCAGUGUCUUUGACAAGAUCUCCCAAGACUAUCGCGUUGUGCUAUCAGUCUUGAGAGAGGCGGCUCCAAGGACCAAUCAAAUCGGACAAGGACAGUUAUCCAGAAAUGAAAUUUCCCUAUGGCGUGAUGAGUGGCGGAUCAUCUUGCUCUUCCUCGAGCUGUAUACGUUUGUCCUCAAAUUCAUGGACGAUGACGAUUUCUUCUCCUACGAGAAAUUGCACGCAUUUGGAGCCGCAACAGCUUCACACACAAGCUUGUUGUCGAGAAAAGGAUCCCUCCCCUUGGAGGAAGUGGCGCUGAUGACCAUAUUCUUAAAGAAUCUGGCUUUUACCCUGUACUGGAAUGCAGCAGACUUGGUCGAGAGCAACGAUCAGGAAGAUGAACUAGCCAUAUCUGAACUUUUUGCCAGCCCGGGCCGUGCGUCUGUCAAGAAUACCGAAAAGAAGCAACAGACUUUGACUGGCAAUGGUGUCUCGCAAGGCUACCUCAAGGGGUUAGUCACGGGCUUGCUACGCAUGCUACAUGAGAGAGACUCUAGACGGUCAUUCGUACCCGCCGAACACUGGUUAAUGACCAAUCAGGUCAGCAUGGCUGGGUUCAUUCCCGCUGUCGUUGCAGAGGAAGAAAAGAGGCACGAACUGGGCGGUGAAGAUGACACUGAGGACGAGGAGGACGAUUUUGACAGUGACACCGAACUGGAUAUGUCCAUGGGCUCGUUGGCGGGCGAGUCGCUCAUGCGCUCCAUGUUUGGUAUCCGACCUGCACACAUUCCAAGAAACCGAGUGUCGAGACAACACGAACAGGCAGAAAAACAGCGGAUGCAGGCCAGGAAGAAGCGACAGUUGGAGGCAUUGGCACCACGCCUUGAAAUCCUUCGCAAUCUCCCGUUCUUCAUCCCAUUCGAAACCAGAGUUCAGAUCUUCCGCGAAUUUGUCCAUCGAGACCAGCUUCGCCGACGGAACGGCGUCACUGACCCGGAUACCUGGCGUAUGGUCGUAAGUGCCACUCAAGGUCGAACUGUUGACGGCCGGCCGGUUGGUAUUGACAUCCUCUCCAAACACCAUGCCCAAAUUCGUCGGGACAAGGUCUUUACAGAUGCGUACGAGGCUUUCUAUGGUCUUGGGGAAGGGCUCAAAGAACCCAUCCAGAUCACCUUUAUUGACCAAUUUGGAACUCCAGAAGCUGGUAUUGAUGGGGGUGGCGUGACCAAAGAAUUUCUCAUAAGCGUGACCAACGAGGCGUUUGAUCCCGACGCCAAUCUGCCGAUGUUCAAGGAGAACGCGCAGAGGUACCUGUACCCGAAUCCUACGAUCUACCAGGAAACGGCCGAGUACCUCAGAGUCGCCGGGGUCCGAUGGGGUACCCAGGGGAUGGCGUUCCCGAUGGCUGAAUUUCUCCGCCGAUACCAGUUCCUGGGUCGCAUUGUUGGGAAGUGCCUGUACGAAGGUAUCCUGAUCGACGUCACCUUUGCUGGCUUCUUCUUACUGAAGUGGGCACUGACUGGCGGGACCACGGUCGGAUCAAACGAGUCCGCCUAUCGAGCAACGAUCAACGACCUUCGGGAAUACGACGAGGAGUUGUACCAGGGCCUCCUGAAGCUGAAGAACUAUACAGGGGAUGUUGAGACAGACUUUUCGCUUGACUUCACGGUCACUGACACGAUUACGAUUGAAGAUGACGAUGGCAAAAAGGUGCACAAGACAUUCGUGACUGAACUGCUUCCGAAUGGCGCGAAUACUCCUGUCACUAACGCCAACCGAUUGCUCUACAUCGACCGAAUUGUGAGAUAUCGACUACAGCAGCAACCCAAGGCAGUGACGGAUGCAUUCCUCCGAGGCCUCGGUCAGAUCAUUCAACCCAUGUGGCUCGCCAUGUUCAAUCAAAAGGAAUUGCAGAAGCUCGUUGGUGGGGACAACAAGGAACUCGACAUUGCUGAUCUCCGGCGCAACACCCAAUAUGGGGGAGUCUACGCUAUCGGGGAUGACGGCCUGGAGCAUCCCACGAUCCAACUGUUCUGGAAAGCCCUCCAGGAGAUGUCAGACGAAGACAGACGGAAAGUGCUCAAGUUCGUCACCAGCACUCCUCGAGCACCGCUACUAGGAUUUAGUCAUUUGAACCCGAAAUUCAGUAUCCGUGAUUCUAGCGGUGACCAGGAUCGACUCCCGAGCACUUCGACCUGUGUGAACCUGCUCAAGUUACCUCGAUACGAAGAUCUCAAGACGAUGAAAGAGAAGAUUCUAUACGCCGUCAAUUCGGGUGCUGGAUUUGAUUUGUCAUGA